AAAUUUUGUGAAAGUAAUGAUGAAAAUUUACCACUAUGUUUAAGUAGAAUAUAUCACGAAAAUAAAUGUCUCUGAUUUAGAAUGAAAGACAUGCAGCUUCCAUCUGGGCUUUUGCUCCUGUUUUCUAUCUGUGCUUCAGGAGUCAACUCUUUAAGUCAUGUACCUGUCUUUUUGUGGUCAACUGAACGCUCUACAUGGAGUACAGUGCCAACUGUAAAUACUGGGCAUAUUACUUCAAGCCAUGAAUUUUACCAGUUAUUGCAACAAGAUGAUAGAAAAGCAAGGCUCAUUGUCAUGUUUCUUCAAGACACUCUUAGUAUUGAUGACUUCACAUACUACAGCAUGGCAUAUGGAAAUGAAAAUCCACUGAAUAAUGUUCAGGACAUUUUGGAUUCAUCACCAGCCUCUUUAAUUUUGCCCUCAGUAGACAAGAUGGCAGUAAAUAACUUGCCAAGCUACCUAAACCAGCAAGAUGACUGGAAUAUAGUGAAUGUUGACGAUUUAAAUAUAUCCUCAUUGGAAAUGGAUUACAAUAAUCCAAACCUGAUUAUAGUAAGACUACAAUCUAUACCCAGGUCAAAUAAAACUUCUGCUGCUAAGGUCUUUGCUGAAAAUGAUAAACACAUCGGGAGGAUCACGCAUGAACUAAAGAAAAGAGGAUUUCACUUUACUGCAAUCUACACAGGAAUGAAGCCAUCCAAAGUUGUUAAGAGUUUUGACAUGGUUUAUAAAAGGGGAAGAGAGCUUCUGGCAACUGGUAGCACAAGUUCUUCUUUUCCACUUAAUGUGACAAAUGGAACAGACAUCACCUGUAUCUUGAUUUCUGCUAACUCAUUUGUUAUCACCGUUAACAACACUGAGUUUGAUCUGUCAAAUGUUACAUUUGUAAACACCAGUGCAUCCCAAUGCUCUUCUACCAAUACCACCUUGUCAUUACUAUACUCAUUUGAGGGAAAAGGACUUAGGAGCCUUGAAGUAAGGUUUUAUAUGACUAAUAUGUUCUACCCUGGAUCUGCUAGAAACUGGUUCAAAUUACAAUCUGUGAUGUUAAUUCCCAAUGAAGAUAUGCUGGGGAAUGCCUCCUUUUCUACAACCUAUGCCUCUACACCUGCAGAGUACUCCUAUCAUUGCCAGAAAAUAGGGACAAGCUCUGCGUAUGGUGAGACAUUAGUUCCUUCCAAUUCUCAGGCACGCUACUGGACAAUAUUCAUUUCGGAGUUUCAGAUUCAAGGAUUCAACAUUAAGAACAACCAAUUCUCCUAUGCAAGUGACUGUACUUCUUUCUUCACUCGUGCAAUCUGGAUGGGACUUGUGUCCUCUAUUAUCCUCUUGUGGAUUCUUUCAUAUGGAGUUUUCAUGAUUAUGCAGCUAACAACAAAUGAUAAAUUUGAUGACCCCAAAAGUCAACCGCUGUCUGUUCCUCAAGGAGAAUAGGAUUCUAUGCUUUUAUUGCAAUUAAUGUAUUCUUUAUAGCAAAUAGUUUCUUCUCUAAAGUGGCUAAUUACAGAGUCCAACCCACUAUUGUUGGAAAACGUUUUGGAAGUAUGAUAAAUAAAUAUUACAUAU